UAUUAUAAUGGAUGACUCAACUCAAUUGAGGAGCCAAAAGACAAGUCCUUGGCAAAGAGUAGUGUGUAGAAUGAGUGUCUCAUGAAAAUGACAAGAAACUGAAAAUAAAACGCAAUCGACACAAAAUUCCAUCGAUCUUAUCCAAACCAUCAAAACAAGGCACAAACCCUUUUGAUUGCAACACCUAAUUACAAUCAAAGCCCAAACCUUUUCAACAUUUCGCCAAACGAACAACACUGGAAUUGAAUUUUUCCAAUCAUGUCAUCUUUCAGGUGACAGAUCUCGUUUUUUAGUUUUGUAAAUGCAUAUCUGUGGAUAUGUUCCACCUUGGCUCUGUCAGAUUCUCGCUUGCAUGGGAUCCAAUGUCACCGGUCUCAAAGGAACGCAUAGAACUUGUUGCUUUGUAUAAGAGCAGAGGUUGUCUUGGAUGUUUUUCAAAACCUCUUGUAAUUAUUUCAAUGGGCGAGGCCGAUGCAUCUAAGGGACUAAGCACUCAAGCCCAAAAUAUGAACAAAGACAACAGAUCAGAAGAUUUUUGGAGCAGCAGUGCUAUUGAAUUGGAUCAUGGUGCAAAUCAGUCUCAGAGGAGUGUCUCAUCGAUUGCCAUGUCAAACCAUCCUUCUUCUGAUCCUCAAAGUAGUGAAGGCAUUCAGACUGAUCCUCCAGAAUUUGUUAAUCAUGGUCUUCUUCUCUGGAACCAAACAAGGCAACAGUGGGUUGGAAAUAGAAGGUCUGAGCGUCAGACACAAGCCGGAGAACCCAAAAUAAGAAUUUACUAUGUUCCCCAGUUGGAACGCCACCUACGAGAGCCUACUCGGGACCAGCAAGCCUUUUCCUCAGCACAUUCCUCUUGGAGAAAUGGUUGAUUUUCUUGUUGAUAUAUGGGAACUAGAGGGCAUGUAUGAUUGAGAUGAAAAAACAGGUUUUUAUUCCCCUCUAAGAUUUUGCAGGAGAGGGAAGGUGUGGUUUGGUAUUCAUCCUCCUAGUGUUUAAUGGAUAGUUGUAACUUGUAAAUGGGGUAACUCUUGUUAUUUUUGUUAUAUCUUUCUGGGGUGUUUCUACAUGUUGUAAGAUUAUUACAUUAAAUGUGUGAUGCUUCCUGAUUUUCUAUUAAGUUUGUUUAUGGACAAAUCAUCCACACCAAAGGGAAUAUUAAGUUAAUUUCAUGUUUCAGCUGUUGCAA